GCGGUCUGGUCUAGCCGGGUUUCCAAAUGCAGACCUCUAGUUUCGAGUCAAAAGAGAAAUGAUGGCGAACUUUUUGACGAGGAACUCAAUAAAAUUUCAGUUCCAAGAUCUAAAGUUACCCUAAAAGACAAUAACGAUAUUGUUUAA